CAGAGAGUGUUCAUAAGUAGUGUGCAGAAGAGGAGGACGACUGCUCACGCUCCCGCUGUGGCUCGCACCCCAUAGCCGGGAGUCGAAUGUUUGAGAGCGAAUGAGUCGCGUGUGUAUUGUUGUUUUGGAGGAGGUAGAGGAUGAUUCUCCUGUGUUCAUUUCUAAGUUGCCCCAGGAAAGCACAUGUCUACCAUCUCCACCUUCUGGAAACGUGUUGCCAUCACUGGUGCAAGCUAUAUUUAAUGGUGAUCCAGAUGAAGUUCGAGCACUAAUAUUUAAGAAAGAAGAUGUUAACUUUCAGGACAAUGAGAAGAGAACUCCCUUGCAUGCUGCUGCCUAUCUUGGUGAUGCGGAAAUCAUCGAGCUGCUUAUUUUAUCUGGAGCUAGAGUUAAUGCCAAAGACAGCAAAUGGUUGACACCUUUACACAGAGCAGUUGCAUCUUGUAGUGAGGAAGCAGUUCAGAUACUUUUGAAGCAUUCUGCUGACGUUAAUGCUCGAGAUAAGAACUGGCAGACCCCGUUACACAUCGCCGCUGCCAAUAAAGCUGUGAAGUGCGCCGAGUCUUUGGUCCCUCUUCUGAGCAAUGUGAACGUGUCAGACCGGGCAGGGAGAACCGCAUUACACCAUGCAGCUUUCAGUGGGCAUGGUGAGAUGGUCAAGCUACUCUUGUCCAGAGGUGCCAAUAUUAAUGCUUUUGACAAAAAAGAUAGGCGUGCGAUCCAUUGGGCAGCAUAUAUGGGUCACAUUGAAGUAGUGAAAUUACUUGUGUCUCAUGGAGCUGAAGUGACGUGUAAGGAUAAGAAGUCGUACACACCUCUUCAUGCAGCAGCCUCCAGUGGAAUGAUCAGUGUAGUCAAGUACCUUCUAGAUCUUGGAGUCGAUAUGAAUGAACCAAAUGCCUAUGGAAACACACCUCUUCACGUGGCCUGUUACAACGGACAGGAUGUUGUUGUAAAUGAGCUCAUAGACUGCGGUGCUAAUGUGAAUCAGAAGAAUGAGAGAGGGUUCACUCCUCUGCACUUUGCUGCUGCAUCAACACAUGGAGCGCUGUGUUUAGAACUUCUGGUUGGCAAUGGGGCUGACGUCAAUAUGAAGAGUAAAGAUGGGAAGACCCCCCUACAUAUGACUGCCCUCCACGGCAGAUUCUCCAGAUCGCAAACCAUCAUCCAGAGUGGAGCUGUGAUUGACUGUGAAGAUAAGAAUGGGAACACCCCUUUGCACAUAGCAGCCCGGUAUGGCCAUGAACUGCUAAUCAACACUCUUAUUACAAGUGGUGCUGACACUGCAAAGCGUGGUAUUCAUGGAAUGUUCCCACUCCAUUUGGCAGCCUUAAGUGGUUUUUCAGAUUGCUGCAGGAAACUCCUUUCUUCAGGAUUUGACAUAGAUACCCCAGAUGAUUUUGGCAGAACCUGUCUACAUGCAGCAGCAGCUGGAGGAAAUUUGGAGUGCCUAAACCUUCUGCUGAAUACUGGUGCAGACUUCAACAAAAAGGAUAAAUUUGGAAGAUCUCCACUUCACUAUGCUGCUGCCAACUGCAAUUACCAGUGCCUGUUUGCUCUUGUGGGGUCAGGAGCGAGUGUGAACGACCUCGAUGAAAGAGGCUGCACGCCCUUGCACUAUGCAGCUACGUCAGACACAGACGGCAAGUGCCUGGAAUACUUACUAAGAAACGAUGCAAAUCCUGGGAUCCGGGACAAGCAAGGCUACAAUGCAGUUCAUUACUCAGCUGCAUAUGGUCACCGUCUGUGUCUUCAACUGAUUGCAAGUGAAACCCCUUUAGAUGUUUUAAUGGAAACCUCGGGAACAGACAUGUUGAGUGAUUCAGAUAACAGAGCGACAAUAAGCCCUUUACAUUUAGCUGCUUAUCAUGGUCACCAUCAGGCCCUGGAAGUGUUGGUACAGUCUUUGUUAGAUCUCGAUGUAAGGAAUAGUAGCGGCAGAACACCCUUAGAUCUUGCAGCAUUUAAGGGCCAUGUUGAAUGUGUGGAUGUACUCAUUAAUCAGGGAGCUUCAAUCCUCGUAAAAGAUUACGUUUUGAAGAGAACACCUAUCCAUGCAGCAGCAACAAAUGGUCAUUCAGAAUGCUUACGGUUAUUAAUAGGAAACGCAGAACCACAGAAUGCAGUAGAUAUUCAAGAUGGAAAUGGACAGACACCUCUUAUGCUGUCGGUUCUCAACGGGCACACGGACUGUGUAUACUCACUACUGAAUAAAGGAGCAAAUGUAGAUGCCAAAGAUAAGUGGGGAAGGACUGCAUUGCACAGAGGGGCAGUGACAGGCCAUGAAGAGUGUGUAGACGCGUUACUUCAACAUGGUGCUAAGUGCUUACUCCGGGACAGCAGGGGUCGGACACCCAUACACUUGUCGGCAGCCUGUGGACACAUUGGUGUUCUAGGAGCCCUUUUGCAGUCAGCAACAUCCAUGGAUUCGAAUCCAGCCGUAGUAGACAAUCAUGGGUAUACAGCACUUCACUGGGCUUGCUACAAUGGUCAUGAGACAUGUGUGGAACUACUUUUAGAACAGGAUGUUUUCCAGAAAAUAGAUGGAAAUGCUUUUAGUCCACUGCAUUGUGCUGUGAUCAAUGACAAUGAAGGAGCUGCUGAAAUGCUUAUUGAUACUCUAGGAGCUAGCAUUGUGAAUGCCCCAGACUCAAAGGGAAGGACUCCUCUCCAUGCCGCCGCCUUCACAGACCAUGUGGAGUGUUUACAGCUGCUGCUCAGCCAGAACGCUCAGGUCAAUUCUGCAGACUCUACCGGAAAAACCCCUCUCAUGAUGGCUGCAGAAAACGGACAGACCAAUACAGUUGAGAUGCUGGUUAGCAGCGCCAGUGCAGAUCUGACAUUGCAGGACAAGAGCAAAAACACCGCCCUCCACCUGGCUUGUGGCAAGGGUCAUGAAACUAGUGCCUUGUUAAUUCUGGAAAAGAUAACAGAUAGAAACCUCAUCAAUGCCACCAACGCAGCCUUGCAAACACCUCUGCAUGUUGCUGCCCGAAACGGGCUAACAAUGGUGGUCCAGGAGCUCCUGGGGAAAGGGGCAAGUGUGCUUGCCGUCGAUGAGAACGGCUACACCCCAGCUUUGGCCUGUGCUCCCAAUAAGGAUGUGGCUGACUGCCUGGCUCUCAUUUUGGCCACCAUGAUGCCUGUCUCGUCAAAUAGCCCAUUGACAUCCCUGACAUUCAAUGCCAUUAACCGUUAUACCAACACCUCAAAAACAGUUAGCUUUGAAGCCUUGCCUAUCAUGAGGAAUGAACCCAGCUCCUACUGCAGUUUCAACAACAUUGGUGGGGAACAGGAGUACUUGUACACCGAUGUGGACGAGCUCAACGACUCUGACUCUGAGACCUACUGAAUGGCCAAGCUGCAGAUCUAGGGAAGCUCUGACACUGAAACUCCAAACCGGGCUUUUUCAGGAAAAAAGCACUUUUCUUAUCAUACACAAAUCCAACCUGAAGAAAGAUCACGCAGUGAACGAAUAGAAGAAACAUGAUGACAUUAGGAAGAAGAGUCUUAAAGGCAAGUUUUGCAAAAGGAACUUCUAGAAUCUUAAUAAUGACUUGACCAGUGGAAAACACAGUGAUGUCGAUUGCUUUGUGGGAUCCUUUAAUUGGCUUUGCAGUGCCAGAAAUUGGGACACUGCUCCCUGACCUGCUUACAUGGGCAACACUGCUGUAAAGAAAGAUAAAAACACUAGAUUAAAUUUUACCCAUAAAAUUACAGCGAAAUUUAAAUGCAAUAAAAGUUUGGUAUAAUAGGCAUUAUGUAUUCACCAAAUUGCCAAGGACCAAAUAACGUACAGAUUUUUUAUUAGAACUCCGUUUUGUGGAAUCAGAAAUAGAUGAAAUGAGAAAGCAAACUUCAGUGCUUCUGAAAGUGAAGCCAGACUUGGUUUGAUGUUGAUUUUUAUAAAGAAAACAUUUCAAAGUCUCCCAAUACUGUAUUGAACCAUGAAAGGAAGUGGGUGUGUUUUACAUUUUUUUAUAUAAAAGUUUUUAAAUUUCAGUUUUUAUAGACUUCAAAACCAGCUGACUGGAUGCAGCAUGGUUGAGAGUACUGGAGACAGAUGCAGAGGAGUUCAGGUCUGUGCCCACAUUUGAGUGGUUUAGUUUUAAAUUGAAUUAUUUUUGUUUAAGGAAUUCCAUGGAGGAAAUUUUUUAAUGAAAUUAAAAGCAGGCUGUUUCACCUCUUGUAACCCAGCCGUCCUUGGGAGAGAACUGUGUGAGCCUCUCUGUGCAUGGCACAUCUGUAUCACGUCAGUUACUUGGGGCCUCCGCCUUUUGGCUGGAGCUGUUGUCGUUUAUUUUAAUCUUUCAACUUUGCAAAGCAAGAAUCAAAAUUAAAAAAAUUUUUAAAACUUGUUAUGAAACAUUUUUGAAAGCUGGUUUUGAAUUCUAUACAAACUGGGAUUUUAAAUGUUUUAUGUAAAAGAAAAUACUGUAAAAAUAUGUCUGCUUCCUCUCAUGAUUUAAUAUAGUACUGGAAGGUUCUCAAAUACAUCCUUUCUUUUGUUGUUGUUUGUUGUUUAUUGUUUUAAGACAGGGUUUCUUUGUGUAGCCCUGGCUGUCCUGGAACUCACUCUGUAGACCAGGCUACCCUUGAUCUCACAGAGAUUCACCUGCCUCUGCCUCCCAAGUGCUGGGAUUAAAGGCGUGCACCACCAAUGCCCAGCUUCAGAUGUUUUCUUUAUAAAAAUCAACAUCAAACCAUUCGGUUUCAUUUUCAGAAGCACUGGCGUUUGCUUUUGAUGAUGAUUCGUAACAUAAGCAGAAUCAGGUCAUUUGGAAGGCAUUUCUCUAUUGGGCAAUAUUUAAAAUACAACAACAGGCUUUACGUUCUACUCAGAUCUAGAUAGCAAGAUUGCAGCUUCUUUCUGUCAGAGAGCUUGCCUGCCAAAUUGAAGACUGCCUUUCAGGUAAUAGAGAAGAGGCUGACAUUAGGCUGACUUUAAAUGACUUUUCUGGGUUCUUUUACUGUACCUGUCACUUUCCCAGGAACAAUGACUUCACACUGGGGGAGGGGUCUUGAUAGAGCUGGUGAAGUUCCGUACAUUGCAACAGAAUGACACCAAUUUCAUCUUAUCCUUUUUGUAUUGUGAACUGGAACUUUACGACAUUGUAAAUUAUCAGCUGGUUUUUCUGAAUAUAAAGUGUGAAAACACAGAACAGUAUUUUGAUCUAUUUGAUAAUUUUGUGGGUUUUUGAAGAAUUACUGAGCAUGUACAUAGAAAUAGUGACUGCUUGAAUACUGUAUUUACUUGCACUCUUUCAGUACAUCAAGAUUCCUGUAUAUUUUAGAGUAUAAUAAAACACAGACGUGAGUUGUAUUUAAUGAAUAAUGUAUUUGUAUCUGUGCAUAUUACUUAAAAAUCUAUAAAGUUUCUAGGGCAUUGACUACUAGAUUUUAAGCAUUUUUCUAAAAUAUUUACAAAAUUAUAAAUAUAAUCUCCAUCUUUUCUUUAUAAUAUAAAGAAGUCAUAAUGAACCCUUCCUAAUUAAUAGUGGGAGAAGGGUAAAUAUGCAUUUUAAAAGACCGUAGACUACAUUUUCUAUUGUACCUUUUAAAAAAGAAAACUCAAGAGGAUUCUAAAAGUGUACCCUAUGUGUGCUUUCUCUUUCCUUUUAGGAAUUCUCUUCUGAAUUCCCUGAGGGAAUUUUCUAGAAUCUCAGAAUUGAAAGAGACCUGAGGUUCAUCCAGUCUAACCUCUUAACAAAUGCAGGAGUCCCUUCUCCAAGGUUGUCUUUCCACCUUGAACACUUCAGUGACUACCUCACGAGCAGUCCAUUCAUUGUUGAGCAGCUCUGUUAGGAAGGUCUCCUUAAUGGAGUUGAAGCCUCCCUCCCGGUAACUUCUGUCCUUGGGCCCAGCUCUGUCCUCCAAGAGAAUGUUGGAAGGGUAACUCUUCCACCCUCUGCCAUGUCUUCUCUUUCACAGGCUGUUGACUUCUUUGCUGAAGUGAUUUCCAGAUGGACAUUAGACACAUUGUCUCCACAUCUAUUGAAAUCAAAGAUGUAGCUAUAAAGUAACAGACUCGUCUUUUAAUUUAUUCUCGUAUGUAUGUAGAGACCAAGAUCCUGCAUCACUUUAAAUAAAUGAUGCCAAAACUGAAAGCCUUCAGGAGGUGGUUUGUGCUGUUACCAGCCAACUAGAAAAGCUGUUCCUUUGCCUGUGGUAGCCAAGUCACUGGCUUGAGACAGUGGUGUGCACUGGAAGAGGGGAAUUCUGAAGUGCUAUCCCGGAAAGUGUUGACCAACACCAGUGUUUGGAAUAAACACAGGAGCCAAGCACAGCGCCACCGUUACUUUAUAGUUACACACACCUAGUGUGCACAGAGCAUUGGACCCGGUUCUGUUGUGUUUCAUCCUUGCCCACCAGGGGAAAGCCUGUCAGCCUUUAACUUCUGCGUGAAAAGUGACAUCUGAGAAGUGUAUUACAGUAAUACCAGCUUUUGCUCAGAAAUAACUUUGGGGGAGCUAACGGUGACAGGUGACCUCGAACAGUGCCAUUUAGUCAGAGAUCUCUAAAUGUAGCUGUAAAUUUGGGGUAAAUUUGGCUUCCUAUAUUGGAUCUUUUAAAUGAAAUAAAAAUUUUUAAUGC